AUGGAAGCCAACAUUUGGGGUGUAGUUGCACAGGAAGCAGGACAUGGCAGUGGUCUUACUCCUACCGAACACAACAAUGUGGUCAUGGCACCGGCUGUUCUUCUUGAUCCGGGCUUUCCUGAUGGAGAAGGUAUCCGUCGUGCUCUACCUGGAUACCCACUUCCUCGACUCUGUGCUAUGAGACGACGUGCUUGGCAACUACAUGUCAGUAGACUGGUAGCCAGCGGUCAACUGGAGGGUGGACCGGAGGAACCUUUGACGGACAGCAAUGCCAGUGAAGUCGACCUCUACCUCAUCCAAACGGAUAUGACGGUGCCGGUGCCGAACCAUCCUGUUGGUAUGGAGCUACCGGAGCAACCAUAUCAUCGACGAGUUCAGUUUGGGGUCGCGAGCAGAAGGCGCUUUCAGAAACAACGUCCGGCUCCACGUCUCUUCCCUCUUGACGAUGUUGACAAUGGGGCUGACAGCGAGGAUGUGAACGUCGGUGGUGCAAGUUCUUCUUCGCGGAUGGUGACUUCGGUGGGGGUGGUCGUCUCUGGUGCUGAUGCUCAGGAUCUUGAUACAGUGGACAGCGUACUUGGUGGCGAUGAUGCGGUGAAUGAAGGAUCCGAACCCUUGUCGUCAAGUUCAGGGGAUGAGGCGAACAGUGAGGCCUAG